AUGCCUCGGAGUUCUUAUGGGUCUUAUUUCGAGGUUCUUAGUCGUUUUUUUUUCGCUCACCUGACGAGUUGCUCGGGAAUCGCUGACUUAGCUGUUUCAGUUGCUGAGAUGACGAAAAUCAAGGUCCGCGAUCUCCGUGGUAAGAAGAAGGAAGAGCUCAUGAAACUAACACAAGAUCAGAAGUCGGAGUUAGCGUCACUGAGAGUGGUCAAGGUUACAGGUGGCGCUCCAGCGAAAUUGAGCAAAAUUAGGAUUGUCACAAAAAAUGUAGCUCGCAUUCAAACUGUGAUUCGUCAAACUCAGAAACAAGAACUCCGGAAGCUCUACGCAAAAUCGAAGCGUAAACCUCUUGAUCUUCGUAAGAGGAAGACUCGUGCUAUCCGUCGCUUUCUAACGGCUCAUGAGAAGUGCCAGAAGAGUGCGAAACAGAAGGCCAAAGAACAUGCAUUUCCUAUGCGUUUGUUCGCUGUCAAGGCAUGA